UAAAAAGGCCAGUGUUUCCAAUGAGCAGCACCCUGCAAGCAACAUCAAUCUCUGUCCUGCUGUUCCUCUGGUGACUUAGGUUAACUUCAAUUUGCAACAAGAUGCCUAAACUCCUGCAAGGCAUCGUCACGGUCAUCGAUAUUUUCUACAAAUAUGCCAAUGAACAUGGGGAAUGUGACAUGUUGAGCCAAAAAGAGAUGAAAGAACUUCUGGAAAAUGAGUUUCACCAAAUUCUGAAGAACCCAGAUGAUCCAGAAACUGUAGAUAUCAUCAUGCAAAGUCUGGAUCGAGAUCAUAACAACAAAGUGGAUUUUACUGAGUAUCUUCUGAUGAUAAUCAAGCUGGCUCAGGCUUGUAACAAAAUUAUUGGCAAAGAUUACUGCCAAGCUUCAGGGUCAAAGCAGGGAAAUCACAGUCACCAUCACCAAAAGGAACAGAGUGAAAAAGAUGAAGAUGACAAAGAGCAAGAUGCCUCUUCAAGUUAUUCAAGUUCUAGUGCAGGAGAGAAUGAUGCUUAUUCCAGGGGCUCGAGAGAAAGCAAUAAACACAAGUCUACAAGGACCUCUAGAAAACAAAGGAAUGAAAAACACCAAAAUUAUGAAGAAAGGAAGAAAACAAAUUCAAGUCACUUAGAAAAUAGUGAGAAAUAUCAACAAAGCCAAAAUGAAUCGAGAUCAACCCACUCAUCAAACCAAAGCAGAAGGGGUAUUAGCAAAACGGAAGAUUCUGGCUAUAGCCAAAAUGGCUCUACAUUACAACAGUCUGCUGGCUCCAGGAGACAAGGAUCUGGCCAACAUCAGUCUUGUGGUAACAGAAAACAAAAUAUUUCAUCAAGAGAAUCAUCAGUUUGGGGCUCAGGACAAUCUUCCAACAAUGACACAAACAACUCAGAGACAGAACAGUCUAACAGCCAGAGGAGAAAUAACUGUGGGUCAGGACAACCUUCUGGGUCACAAGAAUAUGGCACAGCAUCAGAAACCUCUCAUAGCUCCACAGGGCAAGGGUAUGGACAAGGUCACUCCUCUGGUUCUAGACAAUAUGGUGCUUCAUCAGGAGAGUCAUCAGGCUUGAGGUCAGGUCAUUCCACUUCCCAUGGAACACAAGGAUCAGGAUCAAAACAGGCAUCUAAGCAGAGGAGAAGCAGUUCUAGCUCAAGUGAGACUUUUGGCUCCCAGCAACAUGGGUCUGGCUCAAGAGGGACUUCUGGAUGUAGUCAUCAUGGAUCUGGGCAAGGUCAGUCUUCUGGUAGUAGGGAACAUGGUUCUUUCUCUGGACAGUCAUCAGGCAGUGGCCAGCAGACCUCUGGUUAUGGUCAGUCUUCCAGCUCUGGCUCACACUACUCAGGCUCAAGCAAUACUUCUACCCAGAGGAGACAUGGCUCUGGGUCAGGACAGUCUUGUGGUUCAGGUCAAUAUGGUUCUGCAUCAGGACAGUCUUCUGGCUCCACAGGCCAAGGUUAUGGCAAGGUCACACCUCUGGGUCUGGACACUAUGGUGCUUCAUCAGGACAGUCAUCAGGCUUGAGCUCAGGUCACUCCACUUUCCAUGGCACACAAGGAUCAGGAUCAAACCAGACAUCUAAGCCUAGGAGAAGCAGUUGUAGCUCAAG